CAAAUCUGAACAGUGAAAAGAAUGCAUCUACCCCUGUAACUGGAAGGAGACUUGUAUCUCUUGGAUCAAUACCAGCUAGUGGGAGUCUGAAGCCGAAAAGAGAUCAUAUUCUUAUGAAAGAGAAAAAGAAACAGAAGACGCUGGAGAAGGAGAUUCGUGUGUUAAUGAGAGAGCGUGGAGAACAGGAUAAAAAACUUCAGGCUUUGGAUGAGGAUUUUGCAAAGACUGAAGCAAAGCUGACUGCUGCAGUGCAAGAGAAAACAUCUCUUUUGGCAAAUGUUGCAUGCCUGAAGAAACAGCUUCUUGAACUAACAAGAGCCAAUGAACUACUGAAAUCAAAGCUGUCUGAAGAUGGCAUGCAGAAGAAAAUGAGCAGCCUAUGCAUGGAGUUAAUGAGGCUGAGAAACAAGAGGGAUGCAAAGGAAAAGACUGCACUUGCAAAGCAGGAAGAUAUGGAAAUGAAGUUGCAGGAAGUACAAAGAAAUCUAGAGCAUUCAAAAGGAAAAGUAGCACAGUUAGAAGAAAAACUAUCUGCUACUGAGAGAGAGAAAGUUGAAGAAAAUUCUGACACUGAAAAGCUCCUGGAAUAUAUCACAGAGCUCAGUAGUGUUGCAGAAAUGGUAGAAAAAUACAAAUUAGAUGUUACCCGGAUGGAGGAGAUGCUGAUAAAGAAAGACCAAGACAUCAGGAUCCUGAAGGAUUCCCUUAAAACAAAAGAAGAAGAAUCAUUUAAACUGAUAAAAGAACUUAAUGAAAGGUGUCAGCUGCUUGAACAAGAAAAAGAGAAAGAGUCUUCUGAGAGCAGAGGAAAACACCUGAGUAUGAUUGCUGAAAUAGAAGACCUGAAAAAAAAAACUCUCUUAGAAGAACAAGAGCACCAAAACCUGCUUCAGAAACAAGAGGAGAUUCUCUCUCAGCUGCAACAAGAGAGGGAAUCUUCUGCAUCUAUGCACCAGAAGUUACUAGAGUUUCAAGAAGAGGUAACAAAUGAGAGACUUCUCCUAGAAGAAGAGCUGAAGGGCGCAAUGAAUGAGCUGGAUAAGUUACAUGCUAAGGAGAAGAAAGCUGAAAAGUUGGUGAGGCGAUUGGAACAAGAAAUCAAAUCUCGAGCUUUUGAGCUUGCUCAGAUGGAAGAAAAGCUGAAAGGGAAGAAUGCUGAGCUGGAACGAAUCAGUGAAAUGCACAGUAGUGCUGUUUUGCAAAUUCAAGAAGAGCACAGCAACACCCUGUGUAAACUUGGAAAGACUAUUGCUGAAUUUGAAAGCUACAAGAAGACAAUAGGUGAAGAAAUAACUAGUCUUAAACUGCAGAAUACCUCUCUGCAAGAAGAGGUUGCCAACCUGAAAAAAAUAGGCAAAGAUAACCUACAGCUACUUCAGGAAGCAGAAUAUACUAAAAACAAAGCAAAAGAAGAAUGUGCAAGGAAAAACAUAAAUGAAGAUGUGACCUCUAGCUUAAAAGAAGAGAUAAAGAGCUGGCGUACUCUAUAUGAAGAUCUGCAUAACAAAGCUAAGCCUUUUCAGCAACAACUAGAUGCAUUUGAAGCAGAGAAGAAUGCGCUCUUAAAUGAGCAUGGUGCAGCCCAGGAAGAACUGAAUAAACUAAGUGAUGCAUAUGCUAAACUACUUGGCCACCAGAACCAGAAGCAAAAAAUCAAGCAUGUUAUGAAGCUGAAGGAGGAGAAUACACACCUGAAGCAGGAUGUCUCAAAAUUGCGUGCACUGCUAGCAAAAGAGAAGCAAACAAGCAGAGAUCUUCAGGAGCAGUUAUACGUGAUUCAGGGCAUUAGGCGGUUUGAUCCCUCUAAAGCUUUCCAGCAUGAUAGCAAGGAAAACAUUCCUCCAAAAACACCUUUUAAAGAAGGCUGUUAA